ACUAGUACGGAUAUUAAAUCGUGUGUUGCUAUCCUUCUUCAAAACUAUACCUGACAGAGCUUCAAUCGGUACCAGGUCUUGUCCGGACGGGACAGAGAAGUUAGGUUCGGCCGGGGAGGCCGUGUAGGGGCUGGUAAUAUGGGCCUGUUGGCUAGGAUAAGGAAAGAAUGGUUUAUUAUCGGCAUAGUGGCAGUAAUCGUAUCGGCGAAACUACAGCCUGCAUUUGGAGUGAAAGGAGGUCCACUGAGGCCAGAGUUCACGAUCACCUAUGUGGCGGUGUCAACCAUUUUCUUCAACAGUGGCCUGUCAUUAAAAACAGAGGAGUUGACCAGUGCCCUCCUCCAUGUGAAGCUGCAUCUGUUUGUCCAGUCCUUCACCCUGGUCUUCUUCCCUGUUGCCAUGUGGCUCUGUAUCAAACUACUGGCUCUUACCUCCAUCAACACUUGGCUGCUUCGAGGGUUACAGACGGUGGGAUGUAUGCCCCCUCCUGUCUCCUCUGCUGUCAUACUCACCAAAGCUGUAGGCGGGAACGAGGCUGCUGCCAUCUUCAACUCAGCCUUCGGAAGCUUCCUGGGAAUAAUAGUGACGCCGCUGCUGUUACUGCUGUUCCUGGGCUCGUCAUCCUCCGUUCCUUUCUCCUCAAUCUUCUCUCAGCUCUUCAUGACUGUGGUCGUACCUCUCAUCCUAGGACAGGUGUCCCGGAGGUUCUUGAGGGACUGGUUAGAGAGGAGGAAGCCUCCGUUUGGAGUCAUCAGUUCUGUGGUGCUCCUGAUGAUCAUCUACACAACCUUCUGUGAGACCUUCUCUAACCCUGAUGUUGAACUGGACCACCUCAGCCUACUGCUUAUCACCUUCAUCAUAUUCUGCAUCCAGCUGAGCUUCAUGCUGUUGACGUUUGUCUUCUCCACACGGAAACAGUCUGGUUUUACUCCAGCUGACACAGUAGCUAUUAUGUUCUGUGCUACACACAAAUCACUCACCCUGGGUAUCCCAAUGUUAAAGAUAGUGUUUGAGGGGUAUGAGCAUCUCUCUCUGAUCUCCGUCCCCCUCCUCAUCUAUCACCCAGCUCAGAUCCUACUGGGUUCAAUACUGGUCCCAACCAUCAGGGGCUGGAUGAACGGCAGACAGAAGCCUAGUCUUUUAUUGCAUUGAUACCUCCAGUACUCUACCUGUCCGGUCUGUGGAGUGAAGCUGACCGACCUGCAGCCCAUCUGAAGUGGACUCGGUGUCCAAUUCCCUACACUUCUCCCCAAAGUGUGCACUCAUUCACUCCCCCUCAUGGGGAGUAUCAUUUAUACUGUGACAGAAGGGACUACUUUCUUCCUCCUACGUAUCUCUCUGGCGGAGGGAUACAUACAGAAUCAAAAGUGCCUUAUCACAACCACCUGAGACCUCGGGCAAGACUCGCAACAAGUAGUCCUGCGCCUAACUGUUGUGAUGGGUUACUAUGGCACAACUUGUAUGAUGAUUCCAUGGUUUACUUUUAUACGAACAUAGAAGUCACUAUUUUUUGUAUCCCCAUGAAGAUGUUGUCAACUUCCUGUGAGACAAGAAGUACCACUGAUCAUCACAGGAAGUGGAUUCUGAGACGGCACCACCUGCCAUGGGCGGACAGACUGGCUGGGACUUUGUCCUCUUUCUAACUCUUUUUCUGGGGAUGUUACGUCAUAAGACUCUUUCUGACAAUCGGUGUUUAUAUGGUGUUGGACAACACUAGUUUACUGACUGUUUCUUACGCUUGUUUAGGCUUUUUGGGGGGGGAUUUUAAAAAAACGUUAUUACCGUAGUUAAAGGACAGAGAUCUGGUGACGUCUCCCUGUCUGUAUUCUGGGGGAUGAAAACGUGAAGUGUCUCCGAUUUGGCACCCUAUUUACUCUGUAGUGCACUACUUUUGACCAGGGCCCGGCCAUAGCGCUCUGGUCAAAAGUAGUGCACUGCGUAGAGAAUAUGGUGCAAUUUCAGACACAGACGAAAAAUCUACACGUCUCUGAUCAUGGACCAGUUGGUCUGCGUUCAGCAGAUAGAAAUAUCAUAAAUAUAGCUGCCGUGAUUCCUUAUUGUACAGGUCAGAGGCACUUCUGUUCUACAUUCUAUAUUUCUAUCUGAACAGUGAACAUCGUAAACUCGACAGGAAUGCGUCUCAAAUGGCACCCUGUUCCCUACAUAGGUCACUACUUUUGACCAGAGCCCAUAGAGCUCGACACAGGGAAUUAGGGUGACAUUUGGGACGCGGUCGGUGCCUUGGCCUUAACGUCAGUAGUACAUACUAACAGAUUGAUUAUUAUUUGAUCGUUUUCUGAUUAUGACAAUGAGGACCAACGGCAACGUGUCCCACAUGGCGCGUCCUUUUCCCUAUGUGGCGUAGGGUGCAGCCUCUCUCAUUACUGAAAAGAUAGGCCCAAACUGAAAGGGUGUUUUAGGACAGGUGCCGGGAGGGGGGGGUGUUCUCUUCUCUUGUAUGAAUAAAAAGCUGUGAUAAACACUG